AUGCCGGCCGCGGUAUUCGCUGGUGUAUUUUUCGUGGUCGGAUGGGGAUCAAUUGAGUCAAACUCCAUCUUGCAGAAAUUCGUGUUCCUCCACUCCGAGAAACGGUUCAUUCAACGCGACGAGCUGUUGCUCCAAGUGCGCCGUCACAAGAUUUGGCUUUACAUUAUCCUACAAUUCGCGGAUGUUGCGGCGUGUGUAGCCAUCUCGCACACCCUUGCAGCAAUAGGCUUCCCGGUUCUGAUCAUCCUGAUCAUCCCUAUGAGGGUUGUGUUAGUGCCGAGAUGGUUCACCCAGAAAGAGUUGCAGAUACUGGAUGAUUUCACAGCAACAAAUAAGAUGGUGCUGGCGAGUUUAGGUGGCAAGCCUGGCCUCCCUGAAGGUUCUCGGGAGGAGGAAUGGGGCUUGGAAAGACGUGUCAGCGAGAGCAAGCAUGGGGUGCCGAGACAGAGAGCCGGCAGCUUGCACCGCUGA